UCCACUGCCUCCUUCCUACCGACGCGGCUACGCCUAAACCCCCAGCUCCCCCUCUCCUCCCGUUCUCCCCUUCUCCCUCACCACAACCGCAGCAGCAGCAGCGAGAGGCCACGCGCCGCCGAAGCGCGCCGCCGUUAUGGGGGCAGCACUCCUCCGGCCGUCGCCUACGCCGCCGCGCCUGCGCCACCUCCUCCGCCGCCUCCUCUCCACCGCCGCCGGGCCCUCCCGCCUGCUCCCGCUCCCCGCCGCCUCCGCGCGCCUCCUCGUCAGGCCGAGGGUUGCGGCAGCGGCGGCCGUUGCUCCUCCUCCUCCUCUGCGGCGGAAUGGGGUUGCGGUGAGGGCUUUCAUGGCCUCCACGGCGGCGUCCGAGGCGAUGCAGGAGAAGAGGGUGGCUGGGGAGUACACCGCUGCAAACGUCCAGGUCUUAGAAGCAUUAGAUGGAGUUCGCACAAGGCCUGGUAUGUACAUUGGAAGCACAGGAUCACGUGGAUUGCAUCAUCUGGUUUAUGAAAUAUUGGAUAAUGCUGUGGAUGAAGCUCAAGCAGGCUAUGCCAAUAAGAUUAAUGUUAUCCUUCAUGAUGACAAUUCAGUUAGUGUAACAGACAAUGGUCGUGGGAUCCCUACAGAUAUACACCCCCAGACGAAGAAAUCUUGCGUGGAAACUGUCCUAACGUUAAUGCACGCUGGUGGUAAAUUUGGAGGCUCAAAGAGUGGCUACAGUGUUUCUGGAGGAUUGCAUGGUGUUGGCCUAUCAGUUGUUAAUGCUUUGUCAGAGGCACUGGAAGUUACUGUUUGGCGUGACGGAAAAGAAUACCGUCAAAAUUAUUCACGUGGAAAGGCAAUCACAACGCUAACUAGUAGGAUAUUGUCUGAUGAAUCAAGUUCUCGUCAAGGCACGUGCAUCAGAUUUUGGCCUGAUAAGCAUAUUUUUACCACCACAAUUGACUUUGACUUCAAUAUGAUAUCUGGUCGCAUCCGGGAACUUGCCUUUCUAAAUCCUGAGCUGACAAUAACAUUGACAAAGGAAGGACAGGACUCACAGGUUCAACACAAUGAAUACUGUUAUGCUGGCGGUCUGGUUGAGUAUGUUAAAUGGUUGAAUACUGACAAGAAACCCCUUCAUGAUCCAAUUGCAUUCAGAAGAGAAAUGGAUGGAAUAACGCUUGAUGUUUCCCUUCAAUGGUGCUCUGAUUCAUACUCUGAUACAGUCCUAGGAUAUGCAAACAGUAUCCGUACUAUUGAUGGUGGUACUCAUAUUGAUGGGCUGAAGGCUUCGUUGACAAGAACAAUUAAUAACCUUGCAAAGAAGUCGAAGGCUAUUAAGGAUAAAGAUAUUAGCUUGAGUGGGGAGCAUGUAAGAGAAGGAAUGACCUGCAUUAUUUCAGUUAAGGUCCCUAAUCCAGAGUUUGAAGGACAGACAAAGACGAGGUUGGGAAAUCCAGAAGUCCGAAGAAUAGUUGAACAAUCUGUUCAAGAAAAUUUAACCGAGUACUUAGAGUUACAUCCAGAUGUUUUGGAUUUGAUUCUGUCAAAGUCGCUUAAUGCUCUCAAGGCUGCAUUGGCAGCUAAGCGAGCUAGAGAAUUAGUGAGGACAAAAAGUGUAUUGAAAUCUUCAUCACUUCCUGGGAAAUUAGCUGACUGUGCAUCUACUAAUCCUGAAGAAUCUGAAAUCUUCAUAGUUGAAGGUGAUUCAGCUGGGGGUAGCGCAAAACAAGGACGUGAUAGGAAAUUUCAGGCUAUUUUGCCUCUAAGAGGCAAAAUUCUUAAUAUUGAAAGGAAAGAUGAGGCAGCCUUGUACAAAAGUGAAGAGAUCCAAAAUCUAAUUGUUGCUCUUGGGUUAGGAGUAAAGGGCGAGGAUUUUAACAAGGAAGCUCUUCGGUAUCAUAAGAUAGUUAUACUCACUGAUGCUGAUGUAGAUGGUGCACAUAUCCGGACUCUUCUCCUUACUUUCUUCUUUAGAUAUCAGAAAGCACUAUUUGAUGAAGGUUGCAUUUAUGUUGGUGUGCCUCCUCUUUACAAGGUUGAACGUGGGAAACAAGUGCAUUACUGCUAUGAUGAUGCCGAUCUUAAAGAGCUAGUUAACACCUUCCCAACGAAUGCUUCUUAUCAUAUCCAAAGGUUUAAAGGUCUGGGUGAGAUGAUGCCGGCACAAUUAUGGGAGACAACAAUGGACCCUGAGAGGAGGCUGUUGAAGCAGCUAAAGGUUGAAGAUGCAGCUGAGGCCAACGUCGUGUUCUCAUCUCUUAUGGGUACCCGGGUUGAUGUUAGGAAACAACUAAUCCAGAAUGCUGCAAGCAUGGUCAACCUAGAGCACCUUGAUAUUUGAGUGCAUUCGCAAAGGCCGACAGUCACUGUAUGUUAUAGGAGAUUACCUGCUGUUCCAAUCCCCUCCGACAGGAAUCAAGCGUAGCAAACUCCAAUUCCUUGCCAACAUUGUUUUGGCGCUAGUUUAGCAGUAAAUGUAGGCUAGGGAAGUAAAAGAAAUGAUGUUAUGGGGGUAAAUUCCUUGCCAGGGCAGCUGUCUAUCCCCUACCACAUUACAAUCACUGCCUAAUCCAUUUUGGCCAUCGAUGCAGUGUAAUACGUAAUCCCCUGACACUUGAAA